AUGGAGAACGGAAAUAUCUCGCAGGGCGAGGGCAAGGACCCGUCGAGUUUCCUGAGCGACAUCAUCGGCAACCCCGUCACCGUCAAGCUGAACUCAGGCGUCGUCUACAAGGGCGAGCUCCAGUCCGUGGACGGCUACAUGAACAUUGCCCUGGAGAAGACGGCCGAGUACGUCAACGGAACAAAGCGCAGGGAAUAUGGCGAUGCGUUUGUGAGAGGAAACAACGUCAUGUACAUCUCGGCGGAUUCAUGA